UCUAAAUCUUUUUCUUGUCCUAAAGUACGAUUAAAGAUAGAUUAAAUCGUGUCCUAAAUUCAAUUCAUUAUAGUCAAAAUCACGGAUUAAUAUAUUAAUAUAUAUAUAUUAUAUAUUAAUCCGUGGUCACAAUACACAGCAUAACGAUUUUCUCGUUCUACAAAAAACUCAUAUUUGUUUCGAUAAUAUUUUUACUUAACGGAAAUUGUUUCAAAAAAUCUUUUUCAUCAUGAAAGAAGACCCCGAUUUUCUAUGUGAUUCAGUAAAUUUGUUAACGGAAGGAUGUCGUCUGUCCGUGAGAAUGCAUAGCAGUGACGACUGGCCACUAGCAGAAAUAAUAAGUAUCAAAGACGUGGGAAUGACACGGUAUUAUUAUGUCCAUUAUAUUGAUUAUAAUAAGAGGUUAGAUGAAUGGGUAACAGAAGAACGAUUAGAUACACGUAAAGUUCAAUAUCCCAGAAAAGAUGGCAUGACUACUGGAACAUCUGGUACUGGUGCUAGCACACCGAAAAUUAAAGUUGAAAACGUUUCUAUACUGUCUCAGAGUCGACCAGCUUCUCCUUUGAGUUUACCACCUGUGACACAAAACCCUACAAAUGACCCUACAGUUUUAUCUGCUGCUUUACAAAAGAAAAUUUCUAGAAAAAGAAAAAUUGUUGAUAAUGAAGACUCUCAAGAUUUACCAACACCAACACCACGUCAAACAGGUUCAAUGGUCAUGCAACAUGACGAUGUUGUCACCCGAAUGAAAAAUGUAGAAAUGAUUGAACUUGGUUUAAAUAAAAUAAGCCCAUGGUAUUUUUCUCCAUAUCCUCAGGAAAUGGUGAAUUUGGGGUGCAUAUUUAUUUGUGAAUUUUGUUUAAAAUUCAAAAAAAGUAGAACUUCACUUUAUCGACACAGUAUAAAAUGUAACCUGAGACAUCCACCUGGCACAGAAAUAUAUAGAAAAGAAUCAAUAUCGUUCUUUGAGAUUGAUGGCCGUAAGAAUAAAUCAUAUUCUCAAAACUUGUGUUUGUUAGCAAAACUGUUUUUGGAUCAUAAGACAUUAUAUUAUGAUACCGAUCCAUUCUUAUUUUAUGUAAUGACUGAGUAUGACUUGAAAGGAUUUCAUAUUGUGGGUUACUUUUCCAAAGAAAAAGAGUCUACAGAAGACUAUAAUGUUGCUUGUAUUCUUACAUUACCACCUUAUCAGAGGAAAGGUUAUGGGAAAUUAUUAAUUGAAUUUAGUUACGAAUUAUCAAAAUUUGAAGGUAAAACUGGUACACCUGAAAAACCUUUGUCAGAUUUAGGUUUGUUGUCUUAUCGUAGUUAUUGGAGUCAAACGAUUUUAGACAUUCUGUUGACUGUGAAACCGACACCAGACAAUGAAAAACCACAAAUUACAAUCAAUGAAAUUUGUGAGCUGACUAGUAUUAAAAAAGAAGAUGUUGUUUCCACCUUACAAAUACUUAAUUUAAUUAACUAUUACAAAGGACAAUAUAUCAUAUCUAUAAAUAAGGAUAUAAUUACUACGCACAUUGAAUCGUUUCAAAAGAGAAAGAUUCGAAUUGAUCCAAAAUGUUUACAUUGGAAUCCUAAAGACUGGUCAAAACGCGCCAAAUGGUGA